CACGCUCUGUAAUCCCGCGCGUUUUGCUUAAUCUCGCGAUAUUCCAGCGGUCACUGCCUGACAGGAAUAAUGGCCGCCCUCGUAGCCAUGGCGGGUGCGGGGACCAACACAAGAGCGACCCCGAAGCCUUCCAGCUGACCGUACCGAGCGAAAGUACGCGGGCAGCCCUCCUCCCCGGUGUUACGGAGCGGAUGGGUAGAGGGGGGGGCUCGCCAACCGACACACGCUGCGACUUGGAGGGAAUAAGAGGGAGGCUAACACCGCCUUUGAAGACCAGGGCUAACUGGCUAACAACACGAUUGUCACUGGCGGGGAUCGAAACCGAGACGCUAACAUGAGCGGACCGGGACAAGAGAGCGAGCCAGAGGCCAAAGUUCUUCACAUAAAGCGUCUUUAUAGGGCUGUGGUGGAGUCUGUGCACAAGUUGGAUGUCAUCAUCGCGAGUAAAGCGUCCUACAGAGAAGUGUUUAAACCAGAAAACAUCAGCCUCCGCAACAAACUGAGGGAGCUUUGUGUGAAACUCAUGUUCCUCCACCCUGUCGACUAUGGCCGGAAGGCUGAGGAGCUUCUCUGGAGGAAGGUCUACUACGAGGUCAUCCAGGUCAUCAAGACCAACAAGAAGCACAUCCACAGCCGCAGUGCUCUGGAAUGUGCCUACAGGACUCACCUGAUCGCUGGUGUGGGUUUCUACCAGCAUCUGCUGCUCUACAUCCAGUCCCACUACCAGCUGGAGCUUCAGGACUGCAUCGACUGGACCCAUGUCACCGACCCACUAAUAGGCCGAAAGAAGCCGGUUUCCGCCAGCCCAAAGGAGAUGGAGUGGGCUCAGAUGGCCUGCCAUCGCUGCCUCGUCUACCUCGGAGAUCUCGCUCGCUAUCAGAACGAACUGGCAGGGGUGGAGACGGAGCAGCUGGCUGAGAGGUUCUACCACCAGGCGCUGUCUGUCAUGCCGCACGUUGGAAUGCCUUUCAAUCAACUGGGCACCUUGGCAGGAAGCAAGUUCUACAACGUGGAAGCCACCUACUACUACCUUCGCUGCAUCCAAUCAGAAACCCCCUUCGACGGGGCCUAUGGCAACUUGAAGCGCCUUUUUGACAAAGCGGCCAAGAUGUACCAUCAAGUGAAGAAGCAGGAAAUGAAGAAGCUGUCGCCCUCACGACAGAGAUCUAAAGACAUCAAACGUCUGCUGGUGAGUUUCAUGUACCUGCAGAGUCUUCUGCAGCCCAAGAGCAGUCUGAUGGAGACGGAACUGACGUCGCUCUGCCAGUCGGUGCUCGAGGACUUCAACCUGGUGCUGUUCUACCUACCGCCGCCCAUUCCCGGUGCUCACCACUCGCCCAGCGAGGAAGAGGAGGAGCAGCAACAGCACGCAGACAACUCCUGCCCCGUGCUGCCAGACACGCUGGUCUUCAAGAUGGUGGUGACAUGUCUGAUGGUGGUGCACAGUCUGAAGAGAGGAGGUUCAAAGCAGUACAGCGCCUCUAUCGCUUUCACUCUGGCGCUUUUCUCCCACCUGGUGAACCACGUAAACAUCCGCCUGCAGGCCGAGCUCGAAGAAACGGAAGUCCAGGUGCCACCUCUGAACGCUGACACGGCAGAUGACCCAGAGUUGAGAGACUUGUCUGCUGCGGCGAUGGAGGGAUUGGAUUUUAAGCCUCUUCAGAAUGGCUCUAUCGAGCAGGAGGAUGAGGAUGAAGGAGAGAAAGAAGGAGCUGCUGUGAAGAAACAGAGCAGCUCUGAAGACCAGCUCAAGUUAGAAGAAGAGAAGCAAAAGCAGAAGAAGAAGUACUCGCGUCUCUCUCGGCUGCGCAGACGCAGAUGUGGUCGCAAGGAUGUUGGAGGAGAGGAAGAGAGCGACCUGAGUGAAGGAUUUGAAAGUGAAGAGGACGAGGAGGACGAGGCAGAGGCCAGGGGUCGCACUGUUUCUGCAUCCAGUGCUUCUCAUGAGAUGCUGUCCAAACCUCCGCUGCGGAAAGUGAAGACGAGCACGCUGGGCGACAGCUGCGGAAGCGGCUCUGAGGAAGAGGAGGAGGAGGAGGAAGAGGAAGAAGGAGGGACGGCAUUUGACGUAGAGACAGAUUCGGACAUGAACAGCCAGGAGUCUCGCUCGGACCUGGAGGACAUUGACGACGAGUCCAGAGAUCACCAGGAGCAGGAGAAUGAAAAGCAACCCAGGCAUAAGGCAGGCGACGGGUUUGCCGACACCCCUGCAACCACCAACGGGCCUCUGCUGUCCAGCGAUUCCAGCAUCAGCAGCAACCUGCAGGCCAUGUCCUCCCAGCUGUUCCAGUCCAAACGCUGCUUCCGCUUGGCUCCCACCUUCAGCAUGCCGCUGAGGCCUCCGACCUCCAGCGGUUCUACUGCUCCUGAAACCUCUGCGCCCACGCCCCAAGAGACCUCCUACUCCCCUGGGCAGGCGCUCACCGAGGGGAACGUUGCCACGGCCAAUGGAACCAACACCGAUGAUCUGGACUCUGACUCAGAGGGGAGUCAGCACAGCACCCCCUCGGUGCACAGCGAGAAGACUCUCCUGGAGAAGCUGGAGAUCCUAACCAAUCAAGGGCUGAUCCAAGUGGUCAAGGUCUUCAUCGACUGGCUGCGUGCCAACACGGACAUCAUUCUGAUGUGUGCUCAGAGUUCUCAGAGUCUGUGGAACCGACUGUCUGUUCUGCUCAACCUGCUGCCUGACGGCAGCAAGAUGCUGGAGGCCGAGAUCGGUCUGACUCCUCAGCUGAAGGAAAUGCUGAACCAGUGUGAAGACCCGGGUCUGAGCCAGAGCCUGCUGCUGCCUGAAGACGUGGCUCUGCGACACCUGCCGGCUCUGAGCGUCGCUCACCGGCGCCUGGACUUUGCUCGCCGCAGCCCUUCGCUCAGCUUGCUGCAAGAGUGUGUCGUGCGAGUGUGCUGCAUCCGCAGCUUUGGCCACUUCCUCACCAGCCUGCAGGGGAACGUGCUGCACUUCAACCCAGAGGCCGGAAUCUUCACCAGCAUCACCCAGACAGAGCAGGAGAACCUGGGGCAGCAGGCCAAGGCACAGUUCAAGAUGGCAGAGGAGGAGGCGCGGCGGAACCGGCUGAUGAGAGAUAUGGCCCAGCUCCGAUUGCAGUUGGAGGUUUCACUGCUCGAGGGCAGCCUGCAGCAGCCUAAAGCCCAGUCCUCCAUGUCUCCGUACCUGGUGCCAGACACGUCUGCUCUCUGUCAGCACCUGAAUCUGCUCCGGCAGUUGGCCGGCAGCGGCUGCUUCAUCAUCAUCAUCCCUCGCACUGUGAUCGACGGACUGGACAGGCUGAAGAAGGAGAACCAGGGCGCCAGAGAUGGCAUCCGCUUUCUAGAGUCUGAGUUUCGUAAAGGAAACAGGUAUAUUCGCUGCCAGAAGGAGUCGGGGCGCAGUUUCGAAAGAGAUAAACUCAAACGUCAGGACAUCGAAGCCUGGCAUCUUUUCAAGAUGGUGGACAGCUGCCGUCAGCUGACCGUCUCCCAGAGCAACGGGGAUGAAGACACGGCCGGCAUGGUGACCAUCCUGACCGGCCACCAGGUGCAGGAACUGUGUGAUCAGUCGGCGGCAAUGAAGGCGGCCGUGAAGGCGGCGAGCUCGGCCGGCAUGGAGCUGAAGAACAUUGUGGAGUUCUACCACCAGUGGAAGGAGAUGGGCUGAGAGGUGAAAGUGAGGCAGCUGCUGUUGCUGCCAACAGCUGAUCGACCACGACACUCGCACCCUCUCUCUCCCACUCUUUUGCUCUGUGUGUAUCUGCGUCUGCCAAGGCAAAACAAACAUCUGGACGGAAUGAUGCUCAGAAGAGUCAAAAGCAGAGAGAGCUGGAUGAGAAAAUAACGGUGGAGGAAAUAAAAAAAAAAAUCAAACCGGGCGGAUCAAAGAGCGACCCCUAGAGGUCGGGGUGAGGAGACGCAGAGGGGCUUACCGAGACACAGCUCUUGAGUGUCCUGGCUCACAUCCUAACCAGGAAAACACUGUAAAUGUUAGCAACCGAGUACUUACAUGUGGAGGAAGAGCGCACGCAGACAUUUAAACUCAUCCAGACGAACCCAUUUAGGUAUUUAGAGCCGUGGUUUGGAUCUCCGCUCCCGUCUUCUCCCUUUAGUUUAACUCCGUGUACGAGCGUGAAGGUCAUUGGGCCGGAGGAGGGCUGAGGGUCCGUGGCGCUGGAUCUGCCGCUGUUGAGACGGAGCUCUCUUUCCUCCGCGUCCUGUUUCUGUUUCUUUGUUGCGGUGUACUUCUGUGACCAGUGACUUGCAUAUUAUGCUAUCUUUCUACCAGGUAAUGAAGCGCCCUGAUUUCGUUUUAAUUUGGAUUUUAAUUUACUACCCGAAUGUUCAAUCAAGAUGAAUGACUUGCCGGAGAAUGUUUGAGGGAUGUGGCUGUUGUUUGGCGCCCCCUGGAGUCUCAGUAUUGCGGGUGAAGUGGAACGUGCUCGGACCCUGAAACCCCUGAACCCGUCUGCAUCGCCAUCAUGACCUUCCCGUCGUAGCACGGGAGAAAAGCAGUGUGUGAUCAAACAUCCAACGAUUAAAUAAAGCUCAUUUAAGAUGC